AUGAAUAGUAAUAACAAUGGAGAUAAUAACGAUUCCACUUUUAACCAAGAAUUUCAAUAUAAUUUUGAAUAUGGAUACAGUUUUAAAAAUGAAAAUUUGGAUUUCAUAAUUCAACCACAAUUACAACAAUUUUAUCAACAACAAUACCAACAACAACAACAACAACAAAAUAAUAAUUAUAAUAGUAGUAAUAAUAAUAAAGAUAAUAAUCAUCAAACUCAAUCCCAUCAAUUAAUAAAUAUAAUUGACCCAUUUCAAAGGGAUAAAAUAGUAUUAAGAAAGCGUGAAAAUGGUUUAUUUUCAACGACUGAUAAUGAAAGUUCAAUACCUCCUACAAUAUUACCAAUGUCAAGAUUUUAUGAAGUUGUUGAUGAAAUAAAUCACUAUUAUGAAAAGGAAUUUUUUAUAUAUAAUAGAUUAAUUAAAGUAACUUUAUUAUUAACAAUGAUUACAAUUAUGUUAUCAUUAGUUUUAUUUUUAACAACUGAUAUUCAAAAUGAAAAUAAUAAUAAUAAAAAUAAUAAUAAUUUUGGAGCAAAGGGAAAACAUAGUCAUGCUCAUGCUCAUCAUAAUAAAUCAAAAGAAAAUGCUCAACUUUCAAUUAGAUUUUUAUUACCAUUAAGCAUGUCAAUUAUUUUUUUAAUAUUUUAUUUAAUAACAUCUUAUAUUAGAUAUGUUUCUUGCCCAAAGAAUAUGGAAGAUUAUUGUGAAGUUUUAAGUAAUAGAUUUAGUAAUUUAUCAUUUUCAUAUUAUAGUGGAGAGUGGGGAUACUUUGAAAAAAUUACAAUAAAAUUCCCUCGUAUUCAUAUUCAUCCUGUAGUAUAUAUUUAUGUUGACCACAAUAAAAUUGAAAACAAAUCAACAAAUGAUAGGCUAACCUCUCAUCCUUCUGUCGAUAAAUUGUUCUCUUAA